AUGCCCUCAGAAUUAGAAUGUGUAGAAAGACCCAAUGGUCUAGCUGUUAGCAAGAAAUUGCAAGACAGCCAUGUUAUUGUUGACUUGCUCGAUGCUGAAUGUACAACAGAAGAGGAUGAUAUGGAAGAUGACUAUGACGAAGAGCUUGAAUUCGCAUAUCAAUGCGAUUUUCAAAAGAAGAGGCCCAACAAGCCAUGCUCUACUAGUUCGCUCUUGACCAAUCUGCUGUCUACAUCAUCAGCAACAACCAAGGCAGAGCACUGCAAUAACAUAUCCAAUCCAACAAGAUCCAGCAAUGGACAAACACCAAUGUUGGCGCCCAUAUCCAUCAAUCCAGCUGCAGCAACAAACACACCAGCUACCGCCACAUCAGAUCCACUUUCCGAAAGCUUGAAACGGAAUCUUGAAUGGGAACAUUGCCAACACUCAUUAGGAAAGUACCAGCGAGCCAGAAAGGUAUCAAGCAAUGAUGUUUCCUGGACUGAUAAUUUCAGUAAAUGGUGA